CGCUUUUUCCAGCAGAUACAACACACACACUCGCUUCCAUCCUUCUCCCCCUUCUUCCUUGCCCGGAGCGGUUGCCAUGCGCGAGGUAGCUGUGCAGGCCAACUGCCUGAUAUGUGACGCACACUUCCUGGUGGUUGUCACGGCUGUGCCGCCCGCGUCCGCGUUCUCUGGUCGUCGUGGCACGCAGGAGUUUGAAGACCUCUUGGAAAAGAUUCAACGUGAAGCGUCGCACCCUUUGCACCGGUUCUUGCGGUGCCCCACAUGUACGGAGAUUGUGGCCCAUUGCGCGUAUCAGGAUUGGCUCGGCAGCAAGGACGAGGAAUGCCACCUAUCCCUCUGCAAGCUCUAUUCCUACGCGCCCGACUCUGAAGUGGAGGCUGAGCGCUUGCCGCCGCUGUUCAUCAAUGGCAAGAAGCCGGAAGAAAAGCCAAGGUGGCAACUGGCUCAUGGCAUUGGACCAAAGACGCUGGAAGUUGACAGGUCGCGCAGUGGCCGCUUGCACCGCCCGUCGCUGAAGCAGUUUGGCAUCACCGGUCCGCGCAUCCCUGCCGUGGAAGAUCCAGCCAGUUUCGAAUACACCAUCGAAAGCAUCUACUCUCUGGCGGAGCAUCCUGCUCGGCUGGAGGCAGCGCUGCCACUCCUGGAGAAGAACAAGCCGCUCAUCCACGCGUGGGACAAUAUCUCCAGCGAUCCCAUGAUCACUGGCGAGGCAGAGGACACAGCUUAGCCAUUCAGCAGCUUGUGGUUCGCGCGUUUGCGUCAUGCCCUUGUCUGCCAUACACACUAACAUACAUACCUACGUGCACGCACGCACAAGCGCGCACACACAUACACACACUCUCUCUUUGGCUCCAUCUGUCUCUCUACUUGCUUGUGUUACAUGCCAUAUGGCCUGCCUCGCCCCUCUCCGUCACGCCUUUGCUUGCUUGCCAACUCCCCUUAUUUGAACUGUUCAAUCAUAACGAAGUCACGCGCCACUGGUUGGUCAUUCAAUACAUGCAACCUUGAGCC